ACCCAGCCCACUUCCGCGAUCUCGCGCGAGAAGUCUGACGUCACACCGCCCGGUCGCCCACAAGAAACCCUCUCUUGGACUCCGCCCUCUUUGCAUGAUCUCGCGAGAGAGACGCGGCUGCGUCUCGGCUGGUCAUGGUCUCCUCCCGGCCCCGGAUCCGGCGUUAGGCUUCGCGGCUUUCAGCGUCUCCGUCUAGGGCGGUCACGCGGACCAGACGGGCUCCUGGGCACGCCCCUGGCAACCGGGGGUUUGGAGGACUUGAGGAGCGCGCUCCCAGAGGGCCGAGAGGACGGGCGCUGGCUCUGAAGCGCCUUACCGGAACCGUUUCCUAGGUGGGGCGCCAGACACACGUCCUGCCGGGGAGCCCGACCGAAGUCGCUCAGCAGCAUGGCUGGGCUGCUCUUCUGUGAGCCAACAGAACUCUAUAACAUCUUGAAUCAGGUCUCAAAGCUGUCCAGAUUAGCGGAGCCCAACUACCUCUGCUUACUGGAUGUUCGAACCAAAAGGCAAUAUGACGAGAGCCAUGUGAUCACUGCCCUUAGAGUGAAGAAGAGAGAGAACCAGUACCUCAUCCCGGAGUCCGUGGAUCUGGAGUGCGUGAGAUACUGCAUCGUGUACGACAGCAACACCAGCUCCCUGGAGCUGCGCAUACGGCGGCGGCCGCAGCUUAAGGAGGACGGGGAGGAGGAGGAGGAGGAGGAAGAGGAGGAAAAAGACGAGGAGGAGGAGGAAGAGAACACUGAACUCUUACCUGGACCCGCCGUGGAAUUUGGGCAGAUUCUCACCCACCUUACCCGCCACCCUGUCUAUGUCCUCAGAGGCGGCUACGAGUGCUUCUCUGGCCUGUACCAUUUCUUCCGGACCCAGAAGAUCAUCUGGAUGCCCCAGGUACAGACAGACCGGUGCCAUGAGGGAAGGGGACGUCCGUAUGGAGCCCUGUUCAUGUGCUGGGAUGCUGAACUGGACGCCUUCCAGCCAUACCCAAUUGAGAUCAUUCCAGGCAAGGUCUUCCUGGGCAAAUUCAGUCAAGCCUGCAAUGCUAGGAUUCACAAGGAUCUGAAAAUUAAAGCGCAUGUCAAUGUUUCAUUGGAGGCAACACCCUAUUUUGUAGGCGAUGCAGACAGACUCCUGCAUAUCAAGAUUGAGGAUACUUCGUAUUCCAACCUCUUCCCCUCUUUCCGCCACAUCUGUCACUUCAUGGAGCUUCACUUGCGGCUCCGCUCGGUCAUCCUGGUCUUCUCCACGCGGGGCAUUAGCCGCAGCAGUGCCGCGGUGAUAGCCUUCCUCAUGCAUUACAAUGAGGAGACCUUGAAGAGGUCCUGGGCCCACGUGAAGAAGUGCAAAAACAACACGUCCAAUCGGGGCUUGGUGGCUCAGCUGCUGGAGUGGGAGAAAACCGUCCAUGGGGAUUACAUCACAGACAUCUCUGAUCCUAUCUACUGACCUUCGCCUGGGCCCACCCGGGCGAGGAGGAACCUUGUUUGGGACUUUUUGAGGGGUGGGGGGGGGUUAGGUACACACUUGGAAUGGUCCAGAAGAAGGCCUUUGCAAUCUGA